GAAUGAGAAAGGUGAAACUGCUCUGCAUCGUGCCUGCAUUGACGGAAACUUGAAGAAAGUGAAAUCUCUUGUUGCAGAGGGUCAUCCAGUGAACCCAAGAGAUUUCUGUGGUUGGCUGCCUUUACACGAAGCCUGCAACCAUGGUCAUGUGAGCGUUGUUGAGUACCUGUUGGAGGCGGGAGCUUGGAUCAAUGACCGAGGUGGUGAACGAUGUGGCGGAGUAACUCCUUUGAUUGAUGCUGCCAAUUGUGGCCACCUGGAUGUAGUUAAACUGCUGGUAGAGAAGGGAGCCCAAGUCAUGGCAAGAGAUGAUGAUGGAAACACAGCAUUGGACAGCCUCCGUUCUUGGUACAGCAGAACUGGAGAUGUCCUUGAACUUGCUGAUGAAGUAGAAUAUAAGAAGGUUGAGAAGAUGCUGCUAAAUGUGGCAG